UCAUGGUCUCACAUCAUUUACCCACCAGUACCCGCUGGAAACCCAGCAAGGGAUUGAGUGGGGGCGCGUCGAUCACAGUCCGUGAGUUCGUGCAUCCACUUUGGGUAGGUUUAUGUAGUUUGUUAGGUGGACCAAGAAACAAGUGUUUCACAAUAUACACACAUACUAAAUGCAUCUCCAAGUGUGUGUUGUUUCGUUUUCAGCACCUCUCAUUCAUGACUUGUCAAUGUCGCCCGACCUCCAAAGAAGCCAAAGCUGCUAAUAUAAUAAAUGAGCUUGCGUGUCAGUUGGUUGUUUCAGGUGGCUGGUUGUUUGCUGCCUCAGGCUCUUGGCCUCGCAGUUGACUGCUUGAUAUUUCAGGCACACUGAAACACAUCCAAUGUAUAGAUCUACAACGAUCUACAGAUGUUAUUUCAAAACCAUAGUGCUACCUACAGUACACCCCAAUCUUUUUUGGGAGAACUCGCAGCUGCCAGCGCCAUGAAGAAGCCAGCAGCCGGCUUGAAGAAGCCUGCCAGGGCGGUCAGGAAGCCAUCCGCCAAGAGGAGGACUGCGGCCAACGACGCGAGCGAUGACAUCUUGCUGGCCAGCGAUGCUGAACAAUCUCAUGCAACGCCCCUUGAGAACAACGAGACCGAAUCGGAGAUCCUGCGCGCCUCAGACGCGGAGCCCGAAGCGCCACUGUCUCCCAAGCCUGAGUUGAAGAUGGACAGCAUCAGUGUUUGCAGCUUUGUGAACAAAUUCCUCCAAGUUCCAGAUGUGAAGAACGCGUUCUUCUCUACUUGCAACGCACUUGCUGAGAAGCAUGGGGGUCAUGUGGAGGUUCCAGUUGCUUCCGCAUGUAGUGGCUUGGGUGUGGCAGAAAUGGUGUUCGAGAAUCUCAACACCGCAUUGAGCGAGAUGGCCAAUCUCAAUUCCUCCAAAUUCUCCUACUUGAAGUUUCAGACGGAGUUCACUUGCGAGAUUGAGAAGUGGAAGGCCCAGUUCAUCAGUGAGGCCUUCCAGCCAAAGUAUGUCUUUGAGGACAUGAGGAGCUUAGGCUCUGGCCGGGCCAAGGAUAUCAACAGGGGGACGUACCACAGCGUGCCUAAGGUCAAGGGCAUGACAAUGGGCUUCCCAUGUACAAGUGUCUCAUCACAGAACACCUCACCGAAGAGCUUCAGUGAUCCAUCUUCGGCAACCGGUGGGGGAUUUCAAUCUCUCUUAAGCUACUGCGACUACAACGAUGAAUUGGAGUGGGUGAUCACUGAAAACGUGCGGAACUUGUUGCACAAACGAAGCCAAUUCGGAAACGAGGUCCCCAUCAACAUUAUGGACAGCGAAAUGAGCAAGGGUGGAUUCCUUCCAUGUCAUCAGCUUGUGACAUCACUGGACUAUGGGGUCCCACAGAGUCGUAACCGGGUGUGGUGUCUCUACAUCAAGUCCAAGUGUUUGAAAGAAUGCUGUCCAGAUCCAUUGAAUCUCUUCAACAUGCUAGCAUGUCGGCCACCAUCCAUGAAGUACAUCUUGGACAAGGAGCUGCUGCCAAGUGAUGACUUUGCACGCUCUAGCUACAAGUCGCGCAAGUCGGGUAAGUCGGGUGGUGAGAAGUGGAAGGAUGGCUUCAAAGAGAUGCAAAAACAGCUUGGGAAGGCAGCAGUGAUGAGGAACUACAACUUGCUCAAGGAGCUGGUCAUGCCUCUAACGCUCCGAGAAGUCUCAAUUCUGGCCGUGGCGGUGACCAUGCUCCAGAGUUCGGGCAUAAACCCUUUUGAGACGGAAGUGAUUGUUCAGGUGGACCAGAACUAUGAGCGCAACACCUACCACCGGAGCAACCCCCUGGUUUCGCCCUGCAUCAUUCCUCAUGGCAAAUAUGCAGUGACUGGCCAAUGGAGACUGCUGAGUGGACAGGAGAAGUUGCUCCUCCAAGGCCUUGGAACAGAGGACAUCCUGAGGUACGGGCUCAACAAGCUCACCGAUGCCAAUCAAUCGGACCUGGCUGGAAACUCGUGAGACUCUUAUUUGUGUGGGCAGUUCGGGGCAGUUGGUGGUAAUUGAAACUCUGCCCCCAUUUCAAGUCUGGUUGAGGGAUCAACAUUCAAUCAAGGUUCACUGUGAGUAUUUGUGCGGCAGCUAUCCUCGCAACCAUCAGCUCUUGGCAGCCUUGAACGGUGUGGUGGCCUUUGGAUAGUAGCUGAUAGCAGUGAGUGGACUUUUAAUUCAAGGCUUCCCUCUCAAGCCACCUUUUGCAACAGGCCCCCAGGGCUUGUCGACCAGUAUUUUAUUUACUGGCCGGUUGAAUUACAAAUUUGUUAGGCUUCACAGCUCACCAUUUGGAAGGGAA